UGCAAAAUAACGAUAAUAGAACUGACUGAACUGAAGUCAUACAAUCAUACACCGAUACUGAAACAGAUAGGGGCAGGAAUAAAGAGUCCCAUGCUCACAGGCACAGGCUAUAAAGGGACACACUGAAGGUUUUAUGAUCUCCACAGAUGUGAUUAGUCUAUAAGACACCCCCACAACACACACCCAUCCCCACCUCACACACUCUCAUGCCCUCCCUUAUUUCUCUCCGUCUCUCUCUCUUUCCCUCUCACUCGUCCCAUGCCUCUGCAGUGGCUCAUUCUUUCCUGCGCCGGCUACAGACACACACACACCGCCCCCCUCCACCCCUCUUCUAGCCACUCAUCCCAGCAUGCGGUACCUAUUCAGGGGUAAGAACCAGACUGAAAGUGGAGCUCUGCGCUACAGCUGCCGCUGAAUGAAUGCAGCAUUUCCUGCGUCUACAACCACGUUGAGUGAGACAGAGUAUCAGCGAGACACUGCCGGCAACUGAGAGCCACUGAUCUGAAGAUCAAGCAACGGAUCAGGUGCUGCCUCCGUAUUUCUCGCUCUCUAGUUCCCUCUCCCUCCCUUACUGGGACAUACUGCAAAGGAGGAUCGAGGACAGGAAGGUACUCCGCAAGACUUCUCAAGCUGAAAGUCUAAUUUCGUGUCGGGUCCCUUGUGGCCCCUCAGACCUACAGUAUCCCACCCAAGACAUACAGCAGAAGACUUAACCAGGGACAGACAGGCAGGCACAAGUGGGCAGACAGUCUGGCAUGGAGUUGCAAGACAGAAGAUCAUUCCUGCACAGGUGUGCGCGGUCCGGCGAUGUUGUCCACGCCGGUCUGGUCGUCACACUUCUGAUUGGAGUGUGGUAUGCUCAGGCACUGGAGGUGAAUACAGGCAAAGUCCAUUUUAUAGAAGUGAUGAAUGGAAGUUCAGUGCUUUUACCCUGCACUUAUGCCAGCUGCAUUGGCAUUAAAAACCUUUACUUCAACUGGCAGUUCAAAGACAAUGGGACAUUUGUUAAGCUCUGUGAGGCCAUCAUCCCAGCAGAAGGAGUAGAACCUAAUGUGAAAAUCUAUCAUGAGCGGGUGGAGUUUGUCGGCUCCAGCAAACAGAGUAACAUCUCAAUCUUACUGCAUAACGUCACCUUCGAGGACCAGGGCGAGUACAUCUGCUUCGCCCGCAAUCCCAAGGAGAAGGAUCGCAACCAUAGUGCAAUUUUCACUCUUUAUGUAGUGGACGAAUUGAAAGAGGUGGACAACACAUUGACCCUCAUCAUUGUGUCCGUGCUUGGUGGAGUCAUAGGUCUGAUCAUUCUCAUCAUGGUAGUGAAAGCUGUAGUCCUCGCCAUUCUAAACAAGGUCCAGGAGAAGAAUAAAGAGUGCCUUGUGAGCUCUUCAGGGAAUGACAAUACAGAAAAUGGCCUCCCGGGAUCCAAAGCAGACAGCAAACCGACACCAAAGGCAUGAAAAGAGCGUGUGUGUGUGUAUACAUAUAUGAGCAUAUGUAUACAUGCAUACAUAGUCAUACAAGAAUGAAAGAAAGUCAUAACAAUGGACCGUUUUAUUCUCUUUAUCUCAAAAAAAUAAAAAAUAAAUGCUACAUAUGAAUAUGUGGAAAUAUAUAUUUUAGAUUGUGCUUGAGGAAAAAUACUAAGUGCUGCAGGCUGGAUCACACACCCUUUGCUGGACUGAAAAGGCAUAAAAAGAUAUUGGGAAAGCAGAUGAUUGGAGACGCUUCGGUGCACUUGCAUUCUGCUCUUGUCUGUGAGACACAGCACACACACACUGCCUUCUUCACGAACUGCCAUAUCCUUUCAGUGCUCGACAGCACAAGACCCACAUUAUAAAAUGUUUGCGGUAAACUUCCAGUGCAACUUUACACAUCCUCACACUGCAUUCCAAACGUUCCCGAGGUGGAAUCUCUCACACGCUAACAAGUCAGUAACAAAACAAACACAGAAACGCUUUUCUGGAAAAUACUAAACAACUUACACAUUAAAAACCAAGGGUGCCUCUUCAAAUUGGAAUAUGUUUACCACCAAUUCAAGCAGCUAACCGAGUCUGAUUAUUAACCGCUCCCACUAUUUUUACAAGUGACAUUAAGGUCAUAAAGAGCAGGAUGCGAGUGCACUUGAAGGGCAGAAACACACUCUAUGCAAUAGCACCCCUUGUGGCAAUGCUGAUAUUACAACACAUACAUUCUGUGUGCGAAAAUAAGGUUGUGUAGAGUGUUUUUCAUGGCUAAAGCAUUGUUUAAAAGAAAGUAAAAAUAAAAGGACUUACCAGAGAUGCAGAUAAGGUGUGUAUAUCCAGCAUCCAGCCCAGCACGGUUUAUUCUAUUUAUUUCUUUUUCAUUUUUUUUUUCUGCUUUAGAUAAAACACAGGUGCCUGUUAUCGCUUCAAGCUCCACAUGCUUCCUGGGAGCCUUCAAAUGCUAUACAAAUAAGUUAAUUAAACAAUGCUCACAUAAAAAAGCAAAAAAAGACCAAAAAAAAAAAAAAAUUAUUGCUUAGAUAAUAAAAAGAUUAAAAUAUAUAGAUAAUUUACAGAAACCAACUCCCUGUAGAAAAUGAAUGAUCUUCUGAUGCUGCUUUCAAUAACCAAUAACUUUUCCUAAUGCAUGUGAACGAUUUUAUACAGUACAUCUAGAGUACUAUGUAUCCAUUUCUCCGAAUCGUGUUCUCCUGUCUCUUCUUAAAUGACUGAUCAAUCUGUGCUUGUCGUAUACAACGUCACAGUUCAUCUUGUACGUAUCCAACAUACAGGCAUGAAGGGCCACUGUAGUUAACUGGUAAAGCUUAUCAUGACAUCCAAACUUCACAGGACACAAUAUUGUUGCUAACUGCUAAUGUUGAUAUUUAGCAUCCGAACUAGCAAGCUAGCCACUUCAGUGUGCUAAACUCCACCAAUCCUCACAGAUGCAGUGCUAAUACUUACGUUUUCAUAUCAUCGUACAAAGCCACACGACUUCUGUGACAAAUUAUAAUAAAUAGUAAUUCCUCACUUGCAUCUCAAUGGCUAGCAUUAGCAUAAACCUCUCAAAACUUCUCAUAGAUAAGAUUAGCUUGAUGCUAAUUCAAGAAAACACAUGAAUGGUGGAAAAUACUUGUUGGAUUUUGUUUCUUAGACGUUUUGGAGCUGCAACGCGAACUCUGUUUAUCAAAACAAGCCAACUUUCCAAAUCUUUCAGUAGUUAUUUAAGAUUCAAGUGCCAAAACAGAACUGCUAGUGGAACGGUGGAUGAUUUACUGUUGCUUCCAUCUUGUUACGUUUGUCUUCCUCUUUCCUUUUGUAUCGGAAACCCCAUAAAUGCACAAUUCCCGUUCAUAUCCAUAUCUGGGUUAAGUAUAAAUGUACUGACAAAUUCAUAACAUGCGAUGAAUGUCACUUUGCGAUUACGCUGCAAAAAAAAAAAAAAAAAAAAAAAAUGCAAUGAAACUCUACUAGUCUUCCGCCAUAACCCAAAGAUGAAUGUACACAGUGGUUGUAGUUAUGGCAGAGUUCAGAGGGGUCGUUUCUGGGCACUUUAUUCAUAAAGAUAUACGUAACAGUGUUUUGAAUGCUCAAUCUAUAUGUAGAGCGAAGUACGAAUGAUAUACAAACUCUGAUAUUAAGAAUAGCGGAACAGGAAUAUUUUGACUCUUUGAAUGGCUAUAUCUCUUGUAUGUGCACAUAUUAGCAGUCUUCCAAAUCACUUGACUCUUUUAGAAAUCAGGGGCUUUGGCAAUCUCAACUGUUUGGGAUUCUUUGACAGAGCGGUAUGAAAUCCUAGCUUGAAAUUCAAGUAUUUAUUGAAGUUUUCAAUGAAUUCCUUUGAACUGCAUCCAUAAAUGUGUGUUAAAAUCAGCCAUGAUUUGGAUAAAGGGUUUGGUGUCGCUCUGUCUGUCAGAUGCACUGUACAAUAAUGUGGUUAGAGUUGUCGAGCUAUUCACAUUGCCUCUUUAAUUCAUUUAUGGCAGAAUGUUUUACCAUGUUAUGCUUCUUAAAGCUUGUUGCCUUUUGUCAUUUGCAGAUAGUGUAUUUAUGAGGAAACGAUCACAUAAACAAGGAGAUUACGUAGAUCAGCAAUACUUUAAAAAAAAGAAAGGAAAAA